AUGUGGGCGACCUUGUAUGCAACAGUAAUUUUGGGGACAACAGGCGUGCUGGCUGAAAGUCCCAAAACGGAGAGCGCAUCCAAAGACCAAGCAGCCUCUUCAUGGGGAUCCGCACUAGUAGAAAACACUCCCACCCAAGAGUUCACUUCCACACCAAACCUCACAACAGAACCAACAUAUAGCACCAUUAUAUCAGAUCACCGUGUUCUAGAGCCCCUUCUCACACCACAGCCCCCAACUCCCCUACAGCCCACAAGCACACCAGAGCCCUCCACCAGCACAUCACCACAUCCGAUAGUCUCCUCAGUCCGACCCGUGGACUGUGCAGAUCACAUGCUGGUCGGGGCAAGAGUUAGCGGCGUGUACAAAAUCUACCCUUUCACGUGCUCGUGUGGAAAGCCAGUGCUGGUGUGGUGUGACAUGGAGACAGACGGCGGCGGCUGGACGGUAUUCCUUAGCCGCCAGCAACAGAACGUCCAGCUUGACUUCAACCGCACGUGGGACCAUUACAAGGCAGGCUUCGGCAGUCCUUACUCCGAGUACUAUUUGGGCAAUGAGGUGCUGCACCAGAUGACGUAUAGCCGUGCUUACGCCAUCCGUCUGGAUGUGGGCCUGGCCUCGGGAGGUUACGACUUUGCCACAUACAAGAAAUUCAAAGUCAAUUCUGAGGACAAGGGGUAUUCCGCCUCCUUGAAAGGCUUUCUGGCUGGAGGCACCAGCACCAGAAGCUGUCUCUGCUACAUGAGGGGCCGCUACUUCACCACACUUGACGAGGACCACGACAGUUAUGAAGGUAACUGUGCAUCAGUCAGAGGAGGAGCGUGGUGGUACAAUAACUGUAAGCAGUUCAAUCCCACAAGCAUCUUCAACACGACACUCAAACUGACCUGCAAUGGCCUCUCUAGGGCUGUGACGCAGCUCCAGCUCAAGAUCCGGCCAUCCAUCUGUGACUCUUCCCACAAGACCAUCCAUCUCACGGACACGGGCUGUGGCUGUGCUGCUCCGGAGCACUAA